UGGGUGAGAGUUGACAACUCCAUCGCGCACGUUAGCAUAUCGGCCGAUUUGUUUGGGAAGCUCCGGUGAAUAUUUUUGGGCGAAAUGCAGAAGGAAGAAGAUAUUCGCAAUCUUCCAAUCGACAUAGCAUUCGCUCGCCUCGGAGAGUGGCUGAUUGAUCGGAAGAGAAUUUCGGCCGAUUGGCGGAAACGACUUGCUGCCGUUAGAGCUAAGAUUACGACGUCGUUUGCUUCGCUGCCUAAAGACAUUGAUCCUUACUUCCACACUCUUGAUAUUGAAGGGAUCGGUUAUUUGGAAGCCAAAAAAAUAUAUGAGAUUCUUCUGAAGUCAACUCAAGAAAGCCGUAAUAUUUUUGGUCGGCUUUCAGGUGAUGCUGGUGUUUGGGAAGCAAUAGUGCGUGCCUAUGAGAAGGAAUACAUUUUUCUUGGUGAAGCCGCUCAGAUUAUGGUUCAAAAUGUUAACUAUGAGAUCCCCUAUCAUAAGAAGCAGAUUCAGAAAACACAGCAGCAACUAGCUGAGUUGGAGCGCAAGGAAGCAGAUAUAAAAAGAAAUGCAGCUCUUUCGGCAUCUAAAUAUGUAGAGGCUUGUCAAGAGUUGGGCCUGCAGGGAAUAAAUGUGAGGUCAGAACUUUUGGAAACUUCCACUAUAUCUCUUCCAAGUACAUUUAGCAGAAUCUUGGAAGUACUUACUGGUGAUUCUGUCUCACGGGCUAUUGAGUUCUACUCAGAUUUCGUCAAAGAUGCUCAUACAGAAAAGGAUAAAACAGUAGCAGUUGUGUUAUCAAAUCUGAGAAGUGCUCGUGAAAGGCCCCCAGCGAUUGAUGUCUCUGUUAGCACUGAAGUUCUGGAAGUUAUGAAUGCUCAAGCAGGCUAUAAUGGCUUAAGUCAAAUAACUGUAGAAACUGACAUCGUAGCUGAUGGGAUUGACUGGGAUAUUACUUUAGAUAGCUCUCAAAUUGAUUGGGACAUUGGCACCGUGGAAGAAACAGAAGAAAAUGGAAAUGGUUUGGGUCCCUAUGAGAUUGUUAAUGCUAGCGAUAUUAUGUCAUCUCCUCGUAAAGAUGAUGUAAAAUCUCAUCAGAUCUCAAUGGAAGAAGGAUUCCUAGCUCCUGAGGUCUCUGCAUCAGAAAUAUCUUGGGAUAUAAGUGUUGACAAUCCUCAAGUUGAUGUGAUUGAUAAAGACAGCUCACAAAAUAAUGCUGCGGAAUUGCACUCUCUUCAAAAUAAUUUAACUGCCGACCCAGUAGCUAUCCAUGACAGGAGUCCUCUACUGGAGACAGAAUACAGGAAUAAGAUACUUGAUGACUUAUUUGAGGUGAAAGCCUUCUUGAAUCAACGGUUAAUUGAGCUAAGGAACGAAGAUACUACGUCUUUACAACAUCAAGUCCAGGCAGUUGCUCCACUUGUUCUGCAGCAGUACUCUUCUGAUAUAAUUCAGACACUGCUAUCUGACGUUUCCUCAGCAAUUUCAUUGCUUACAAAUAGGAAAACAAGGGAUAUGAUCAUGAUCCUCAACUCCGUAAGAUUUUUAGAUCGGCUGGUCAACACUUUGGAGGAGAAAAAGCGUCAGGAAGCCAAGUUAAAGGACGGAUUGAAGGACUUGUCUAGUAGGCGUAUGGAACUUCAGAAUUCGAUGUCUUCAUCCUGGCCAAAACAAGAAGCAGCUCUUGCCCAGACCAGGGAACUGAAGAAACUUUGUGAGAGUACACUUUCAUCCAUGUUUGAUGGACGGCCGGUGAAUAUCAUAGGAGAGAUUAAUACAUUGUUGAUUAGUAGCUAGUGUUAGAAGAGGCUUGAGCAACUCUUAUACAUCUUGUAGUUUUUGUUAUUAUUGAUACUGUACAAGUUGGAAAUACACAGUUGAACCUGAUGUUGGCAAAAACAUAAUUAGAAUACAUUUAUCUUGCUUUGUGCUCUAAUAGACAAAUAAAAAAUCAAUGCUUUGUGCUCCCA